AUUCCCUCGUAGUCGCUAAUGACGCUCGUCUAAUGCGCACUGAGGACAAUAUGACUGUUAGCGUUGGUUAGCUUGCAUUUCAGGAUGCUAUUUGUUUCAUAACAUCGAGCUUCUGUUUUACAUUAAGUGUGCAAGCUUACUUGAGCACAGUUUAAACAUAGCAUUAGUGCUGUGUGUUAAAGAAAGCGGACCUGUAUAUGAAGCUAAUCUGACAACCAUGUGGAGCACCAGCCAUCAUGUCCUUCGAGAUGUAGUCCGGGAGUUAACGAAAUUGACACAUUCCUCGGUUCGGUGUUUUUCGAAAACAUCGUGCAAGAAUACAGUUGUGGUGGAGCGUUGGUGGCAGGUCCCUCUGUCCAAAGAGGGCCGCCCACCAAGACUAUAUCCUCGGCGACAUCAGGUGUACAAAGUGGUGGAGGACACAAAGAAUGCACCUAAGGAGAAGUUGGAACUCAUCCUCACACAGACAGUACCGAAGCUUGGCGGGCGAGGUGACACUGUGUUUGUGAAAAAGAAUGUUGGGCGCAAUAAACUCCUGGCCAAAGAUUUGGCAGUCUAUCCGUCACCAGAAAACAAAGAGAUGUUUGCAGAGGAACUGAGGCUUUUAAGAGAAGGGAAACCUGAGGAGAGAACUCAAACACGUACAGGACAGCUAACCGUGGAGUUCCUGAAGCAUAUGGAGAUGAAAGUUGAGAAAAAACCCUCCGAGUAUGACAUCACCAAAGAAAUAGUUUGCAGGCAGUUUCUCACUAAGCGGGGUGUAUUUGUUCCACCUCAUGCCCUGAAACUAUCAGAAGAGCCAAUCAAAGACCUGGGGGAUUACUGGUGUGAGGUCACAGUUAAUGGGAUAGACACAGUUCGGAUCCCCAUGUCCGUAGUGCCCUUUGUAGACCCAAGAGCGAGGAGGAAAAAACAGGACAACGAUUCGGUCACAAAGGCAGCUGUUCCAGAGGCUUCCAUUUCAGAGACUCCUGUUACAGUGGCUGCUGGUGCUGUCGUUUCAGAGGUGGUUGUCCCAGCUGAAACAGUCCCCCUUCCCCUGGUUGAAAGUAGGGAGGAGACUAUGGAAAAGGAAGCAUUUCCACCAACGGACAACCAGAAAAAAGAAAAAGAUUGAGGACUACCCUUUAAACGUUACUUUGACAUGACUUGUGAAUGUGAUCACUUGAUGCUCAUGGAUACGCUUGCCCCUGGCAAUUACAUACAUUAGCCUACAUAUUUUUUGGCCACUAUUCAAUGAUGUCCUAAUUUCAUGACAAGCUUAUUGUACAGUCUAUUCUAGUCAGUCUCUUUUUGUCCCUGAUUCCAUUACUUUUAUGAACCCAAGUUGAUAGGAAGAGUAGCUACAGCCUGUGAUGUACAUGCCUGAAAGUGAGAACAUGUUCAUGGUUCUAUUAACGUAAGAUAAUUCUAAUGUCUUCAUGCAAUUUCAAGAGCGCAGUCAUUCAGAUAUUGAACAGGACAUUAAACAGUGUAUUGAAUCUGA